AUGUUUGUCGCGGGCAAUGAUAAGGGAACAAUGGAAGUCCGCUCUUGCUUAUAAAAGGUUCACCUGUGAAGCACCUCGCAUCACUCGAAAGCACAAGCGCCUUCCAGAUGGCUUCAGUCGUUGCCGCUGUCAUGCUGUGCUCAGCAUUCCUGGCGCCAACCUACGCCCAAGGUCCCGAGCAGCAUACUCGGCCUAACAACGGUUUCAGCGUUGCGCUCUUCAAGGAACUCUGUUCGAAGACGGCCGGCCAGAACGUCUUCUUUUCACCAGCGAGCAUCAGCAUCGCCUUGGGAAUGCUCUACGCCGGAGCUGGGGGCAAGACCCUCGAGGAGUUGUCUUCUGUUCUGGGACUCUCGGAUGCUGAGAUCGUCGACAGGGACGUUGUGCUAACGGCGUACAAGUCAUUCCUAGAGACGAAGCCCGCAAACGCUACGUUGGACAUAGCCAACACGGUCCUUGUCCAGAAGGACUUCGAGAUCCUGGAUCAGUACAGGAGUGACGUGGUCAAGUACUUCCAAGCCGAGGCGAGGUCCGUUGACUUCUUUCGGGAUGGCUCGAGAGUGACGGCCGAAAUCAACGAAUGGGUUAAAGAAAAGACCAAAGGAAAGAUCCCGACGCUUCUGGACGCGGCUCUGCCAAUGAACGCCGCAGCGUUUCUGAUCAACGCCGUCUACUUCAAGGGAACGUGGGUGACCAAGUUCCAAGCGCGUAACACCAAGCCGCUGCCUUUCUACAACCACGGUCGAGACAAGGUGAAUGUGGCCACCAUGUCGGUGCGUCGGUACUUCGGCUACGCCGAUGUGGACGAACUGCAGGCGAGGGCCUUGGAAGUCCCUUACGCGGGAGACAGGUUCGGCAUGAUCAUCGUGCUCCCCAACAGCAGGACCGGGCUGCCGACGGUCGAAGCCCACCUGACGACCGGCCUGGUGGACAAGAUCGCGAGCCAUCUAACGCAGAGGGACGUCCACCUGUGGCUGCCCAAGUUCGAGCUGCAUACCGACUACGACCUCGUGGCGCCGCUCCGUAGGCUGGGACUGGAAAGCGCCUUCGGCGACGGUGCGGACUUUUCUGGCAUCAGCGACAGGAACGACUUGGCGGUGUCCGAUGUCAAGCACAAGGCCAUGGUCGAAGUGAGCGAGGAAGGCACUGUGGCUGCUGCCGUCACGUCGGUCCGCAUGAGAUGGAGGAAGGGGAAAAGCGUUGGAUCUAUGCCCCCCACUCCGUUCCGCGUCGAGCACCCUUUCGCGUUCCUAAUUUGGGACAAAGUGAGCAAGCAAGCGCUUUUCAUGGGGUCGGUUAGGACGAUGGAAAAGAGCGUCGAGACGUCGUCGGAAAGGAAGGCUGCAAUGGCCACUGCAUCGCCGCCGGGUCUUCAGCAGCCGCCACCGCUGGACUUCGACACUACCUCAGAGUGGCCGGCGUGGAUACUGCACUUCGACGACUAUCGCUAUGCGUCGGGCCUGAAUGAGCGCCCGGAAGAGGCACAAGUACGCACUCUGCUUUAUACCAUGGGUCGACAAGCAAGGGACAUCUUCGCCACCUUCAAUCUUUCUGCAGAAUAUUCGAAGAAAUUUGAGCUGGUCAAAAAGAAGUUCGACGGUUACUUCAUCAAGGAGAGCAACGUUGUCUACGAGAGCGCUUGCUUUCACAAGCGGCACCAGAUGCCUGGCGAGUCAAUUGACCAGUUUAUGACUGCUCUACACGUCUUGGCGGACAAAUGCGACUUCGGAGAAUUCAAGCAGCGCCUCAUCAGGGACCGGUUCGUCGUGGGCCUGCGGGAUGAAAAACUUUCCGAGUCGCUCCAAAUGGAUCCCAAGCUGUCUCUCGCAACAGCUCUGGCGAGGGCCCGCCUUAAAGAGACCGUUCAGCAGCAGCAAGAAGAACUUCGAAACUGCAACGAAGUCCACAAAUACACACCGUGCAAGCCAUGUGAAGACGUCAAUGUCGACGCCGUGGGCUACCACAGGAAACCGCAACGCAGCAAGGAAACCCGGCCGACAUCAGCUCGUUCCGAGGGACCGUGCAUCUUCUGCGGAGGCAACUCGCACCCAAGGACAGCUUGCCCAGCGAGAGGCCAGAGGGCAACCCCAGGCGUUCUUGGCCCUAGUCCGGCUGAAAUCCUCAUGGGCCGGCGCCUUAGGACAAGAGUUCCAAUGGCGCCGCAGUUGCGUGGUCCAGUGCAGCCACCGCUGCGUAAUCUUGUGGCCAAAGACAGUGCCAACAAGAAGCUACAAGCACGGUACAACAGCACAAGCGCCUUCCAGAUGGCUUCAGUCGUUGCCGCUGUCAUGCUGUGCUCAGCAUUCCUAGCGCCAACCUAUGCCCAAGGUGCCGAGCAGCAUGCUCGGCCUAACAACGGUUUCAGCGUUGCGCUCUUCAAGGAAUUCUGUUCGAAGACGGCCGGCCAGAAUGUCUUCUUUUCACCCACGAGCAUCAGCAUCGCCUUGGGAAUGCUCUACGCCGGAGCUCGGGGCAAGACCCUCGAGGAGUUGUCUUCUGUUCUGGGACUCUCGGAUGCUGAGCCCGUCGACAGGGACGUCGUGCUAACGGCGUACAAGUCAUUCCUAGAGACGAAGCCCGUAAACGCUACAUUGGACAUAGCCAACACGGUCCUCAUCCAGAAGGACUUCAAGAUCCUGGACCAGUACAGGAGUGACGUGGUCAAGUACUUCCAAGCCGAGGCGAGGUCCGUUGACUUCGUUCGGGACGGCUCGAGAGUGACGGCUGAAAUCAACAAAUGGGUUAAAGAAAAGACCAAGGGAAAGAUCCCGAAGCUUCUGGACGCGGCUCUGCCAAUGAACACCGCAGCGUUUCUCAUCAACGCCGUCUACUUCAAGGGAACGUGGGUGACCAAGUUCCAAGCACGUAACACCAAGCCGCUGCCUUUCUACAACCACGGUCGAGACAAGGUGAAUGUGGCCACCAUGUCGGUGCGUCGGUACUUCGGCUACGCCGAUGUGGACGAACUGCAGGCGAGGGCCUUGGAAGUCCCUUACGCGGGAGACAGGUUCGGCAUGAUCAUCGUGCUCCCGAUCAGCUGGACCGGGCUGCCGGCGGUCGAAGCCCACCUGACGACCGGCCUGGUGGACAAGAUCGCGAGCCAUCUAACGCAGAGGGAUGUCCACCUGUGGCUGCCCAAGUUCGUGAUGCACACCGACUACGACCUCGUGGCGCCGCUCCGUAGGCUUGGACUGGAAAGCGCCUUCGGCGACGGUGCGGACUUUUCUGGUAUCAGCGACCGGAACGGCUUGGCGGUGUCCGAUGUCAAGCACAUGGCCAUGGUCGAAGUGGACGAGGAAGGCACUGUGGUUGCCGCCGACACGUCGGUCCGCGUGACGGAGGGGAAAAGCGUUGGAUCUGUGCCUCCCACUCCGUUCCGCGUCGAGCACCCUUUCGCGUUCUUAAUUUGGGACAAAGUGAGCAAGCAAGCGCUUUUCAUGGGGGCGGUUAGGAGUCUCAAGUGAUCCGUCAUCACGCUUACGUAUAACAAAGUGCCUCAAACGUUCCCUAAGAGCGUGUGAGCAAUUCGCAAACUUGAGUUUGUGCACCUUAAUUGUCCC